AUGGGAAGCAAGAAGAAGGAAAUUGCCCUGCAGGUUAACAUCAGCACCCAGGAGCUUUGGGAGGAAAUGCUCAGUUCCAAAGGACUAACUGUUGUUGACGUCUAUCAAGGCUGGUGUGGGCCCUGCAAACCCGUGGUGAGCCUCUUCCAGAAGAUGAGGACGGAGGUUGGCCUGGACCUUCUGCAUUUUGCAUUAGCAGAAGCAGAUUGUCUUGAUGUCCUUGAAAAGUACCGAGGGAGGUGUGAGCCGAACUUUCUGUUUUAUGCAGGGGGGGAACUGGUGGCGGUGGUGAGAGGAGCCAACGCCCCGCUGCUGCAGAAAACCAUCCGAGAGCAGCUGGAGGCUGAGAAGAAGGUGCUGGCCGAAGGCCGCGAGCGAAAAGUGAUUAGAGACAAGGCUCUGUCUGAUGAAGACGGAUGCCUCUCCCAUGACAAGGACAAUGGUGAAGAUGUGGACGUGGCUUCAUCAGGGAAGACCUGCACCUUGGCCAUCAUUAAGCCAGACGCAGUGGUCCACGGAAAGACUGAUGAGAUUAUUAUGAAGAUCCACGAAGCCGGUUUUGACAUUUUAGCAAAUGAAGAGAGAACCAUGACAGAGGCAGAAAUGCAACUUUUCUAUCAACACAAAGCUGGGGAGGAGGCAUUUGAGAAGCUGGUACAUCACAUGUGCAGUGGACCGAGCCACCUCCUGAUCCUCACCAGGCCUGAGGGCACGGAGGACGUGACCGCUGCCUGGCGAACGCUCAUGGGGCCCUGUGACCCUGAUGUGGCAAGGAGGGAGCAGCCUGACAGUCUCCGUGCUCAGUUCGGCACAGAAAUGCCCUUUAACGCAGUCCACGGAAGCCAGGACAGAGACGCCGCCAGCCGGGAACUGGCAUUGCUCUUCCCCACGUUUAAGUUUUCAGACGAAGUUCUAGAAGCCUCUCUGGGCCACGGGGCUGAAGGAGCGGCGGGCCCCACUGAGGCACAUCGAUUCCCUGAGGACAUGGACUGAGAGGCUGGGUUGCUCUUCCAGAGCAUGUGACCAGGGGCAAGGCCACGAGAUGAAAUGUCAGUGCACUCCAAUCAG